AGCGGAAGUCGGGACCUCCAGACCUCCAGCCUGCUUUCCCAUUAAGCGCCGCUUUCGCAACAGCCGUGAGCGGCAGCGGCUCGUCCUCAGCCGGUGCCUGUCACAUGGCUAAAUAUGGGUGUAGAGGGGUCAGCUUGCCGGCAAAAUACACGACACGGAGCCACAAGUGUUAGACCGAAAGUUUUCUCACUAACUACGGAAAAGAGGAACUCUUAUCCCGGGACAGACGUUAGCUAACCGCCGUGUGACUGUGGCACGCGGGCAACUUUCGCUUCUCCGUUAACGUUCCUCUGAUGACGCUCGAGGCGCCGCUUGUUUACGUGACCGUUGUUGUGGAAGGGGACGGAGAUAAGACAGACACUGACGUUUUACUUUGGCACAGCGUCCAUGUCCGUCACUUCAUGGCUGUAGACAACUGCGCAACAAGUUUUUAACUCUCCGGGAAGUUGUAGGUCCAAACAGCUGACUCACACAGACCGAAGGCCGACUGGCGGCACCGGGGCGUCAUGUUGGAUCAGUCCGGCGCAGAGUAGAUCAAAGCGGAUACAGCUUCAUGGGUUGACCCCCCAUCACUGUGUGGAGAUGAUCGGGUCACCGGACCUGCUGGCCUUCACCGGCACGGAGGGCUUUGGGGGAGGAGAGGAGGACCAGGAUGCGAUACCUGAGGAGUUAUCGGUCCCCCUCUUACCCCCGUCUAACCCCUGGACCUCCUCCGCCCAGUUUCACCGAGACUUCAUUCUGGUGGCUGAAUUCUCAGAGCAGGUUGGACCUAAGCCUGUGCUGACGAUGCCAGAUGAUCCCAGAGUCAUUGGAUCGUUCGACCUCAACCAUUUCUCCGUUCGCAUCAUGUCUGUGGACUACCAGGCGUCCGGCCCCGGGCCCGUCCCUCCUCCAUCCCCGGGCCCCCGCCUCAACUUCAGCGAGGACUCCAGAGUGAUCCUCGGAGAUUCAGCAGAGGACGCAUUUGCAUACGUUCAUCACAUGACCCUGUACGACCUGGAGGCUCGGGGGAUGGUGCGUCCUUUCUGCAUGGCGUAUGUGUGCUCGGACCAGGCGAAGCUGAUGGAGAACUUCUGUGAACUGUCGACGUGCUUCUCUCAGGCUGCUGACAGCCUCAAGACAGGAAACAGACAAGCGUUUUCUAUGGAGCUGCAGAGGAAGUUACAAGAGCUCGAGUACACGCAGUUGACUCUGCAACAGGCGAGAGAUCAUCCGCAGACGGCUAAUGGCUUCACAGAGUCGGGAGAAAAAGCAGAUGAGCUUGAAGCCGUGGAGCGUUCAAUCUCAAAUCAUAGAGACCUCCUCCGCCAGGUCACUUCCUACCCAAACAGGAAGCUGAAACAGCCUGACUUCCUGCCCUACGACCCAGCUGACACCCUCACUGAUCCGAUUGCCUUACUGCCUCCUCCUGAGCCCUCCACCUCCACCUCCACCUCCACCUCCACCUGCAGGUCUGAGCAUCCUCUGAAGCCUCUAGAGGAGCUUUGCAACGCCUACUUCCUGUCACUAAUGAAGGAGCAGCUCGCUGACACAGAGCGCCGCCUACGUGGCGACAGGAGCAUGCUCCGAACUGCUCGUGUCACACAUUCGUUGUCCAAGAGACUCACCCCCAUCAACUUCCUGUUCGAGCUGUGGCGCCCAGAGGACGGUGAUGAGGAGGAGGGAGAUGGCACUGAGGUGGAGCUGCGGAAAACGACGGGGACGAAGAGCAGCGUCGAGGCGUUUCAAUCAGAACCGAUGAGCCUGGAGUCGUUUUGCUCCUGUGUGGAGGAGAUCCCGAUCAAACUGGAGGCAGGUGAAGCUAGGACUGUGACCCCUGACGACAGUGUUGCCACGGAGAUGACAGGAAGUGUGAGCAGUGGCGACAGCAUUGAAGUGCUUGGAACCGAGAAGUCUUAUCGGACGCAGCACGUCGACACUGGAUCUGACAGCAGAGCAGCUGACAAUUCACUCUCCUCAGCAGAAGCAUUAGUUGGGAUGACGGACACCUCCUACAGGCGAGCAGCAGCGGAUGUAGGCGCCCGGCGUGUGCGAGCGUACGCCAAGCGAGCCAACAGUGAGGACAGCAUCGAAGUCCUGAGCACCACCGAGUCCAUCAUUCCUGAAGACCUCACCGCCAUCGAGGAGGAAGAGGCGGAGUACCAGUCUCUCAGUAAUGGCUUUGGAAAUAAAGAAGAGGCGCUGACGGACUAUAAAUGUGACGAUGUCCUCACGGAGGAGAAGACUUUGAAUACAACCUCGAAUGAACGACCUGUUCAGGAGGAUGACAGUCUCAUUGACAGAUACGAGACCUUAAAGCUAAAAUCAGUCAUUAGUGAGAUUACAAUCAAAGAGGAGCAGGUCAGUGAGGGUUUGAGCAGCAAUCAGGUCCAUGAAGACCAACCUGAGAAGUCGACCAGUCUACUGCAAGCUGAAGAAGCCGUGGCCUCGACGCCUCCGUGGCCUGGAGUCCACCAGACAGUGCCUGACCUUCAUGUGAACUUCGCCCCCUCUCUCACCCUGGCGGAGGUUGAACAGUGGUCUCGUCCCUGCGCUCCUCUCAGGCUGCUGAGCAUCGACGAGGCGUCUGAAUGCAACAGCUUCUCUGGCUCCUCAGAACCGCCCACUCCCAGCAGAAAUAUCCCCAGCAACACCCGCUCAAACAGGAAGAGGAGGAGGAGGGCUGGACUCAGAGCCCUCAGGUUCCUCAAACAGAACUCGUUCUCCCAGCAUGCUGUGUUUUGCCUCCUGAGUGGCCGGCCGCUGGUGGUCGUCGGAGGAGAUGAGGGUUUGGUCAGGAAACUGGUGGAUGCUCUGAGUCUCUUCCUGCCUGCUCCUGGUCCUGAGGGAAGUGCUGUGAUGAUGAAUUUGACGACACCGCUUCAGCUGACCGACCUGCUCACCUGGAGACUGAUAGGAAUACACAGAUCACCAUCUGGCUCGUCUGCCUCCAUCCUUCACUCUCUGACUCGCUACAGUCGUUAUCUGUCCCUGUUGGACCUGGACCAGAGGACGCUGCACUGCCCGUCAUACUCCGGCUCCCUCAUCAGCAGACUGGCCGACCCUAACACCGGCAUCAGCCGAGGCCUCACCUACCUGCUGCACCUGGAGAGCUGCCUGACUGCUCUGGCCAACCAGGCUCUGCUGUACACGUUUCAUAAUGCUUUACAACGUCCAACAACUGCUGAAGGGACGGACGGUUCAGGGAAAGAGGACUUCCUGUUCAAGCGAGGUAUCUGCAGCAGUAAGAGUGAUGUGAGGGUGAUGCAUUUCCUGUCUGACCUCAUUAAACAGCGCCAUGCAGGACGUGGACCGCCGGUUUUAAGGUUUUCUUACAGUCCAAUUCACCUACACAGAAAUACACAUGCAGCAUAAUAAAGAGUAAAGAUAUUCUAUUCAAAUAUUCUUCAACUAAAAGCACUGAUUUCUCUGAUAAUGACUGAGACAGUUAUGUCACCUGCCACUGUGAACAUGCUAAAACACAAGAAUCAAGCUUAUUUGUUUUUAAGUGCAGUGUUCGAUUUUAGUGUGUAUGCAUGAUUUUUACUCCAUGAUGCUGAGUCAGUCAUGAAUCUCUGAAUUACUGAGUGAAGAUGCACUAGUGCCUCACAAGCACCAAAGCCUUUGACAUGCUGGAGGCCUCUACAGCUGAAGCACUGGAACUUUUUAUGAAGUAUGUUUUUAAAAUGAUGGUUGAUUACUGAAUCCAUAACUGAGCCACAUAUGAAAACUGUAUCCUUUAAAAACAGCAGAUCUGAGAGUCCUGUUAUAUCAGAGUAUUGUUGCCUGUAUGUGGAUCUUGGUGGUCCAGUUCUACACGGACUGGUAAUUAUUUACUAAAACCCUUGAAUGUGUCUAGUCCGCCAGGUCUGUUGCUCCGUCAUUUAUCAAUUAAGCAAGCUGUCAUUAUAAUAUGAUCACUAAAUGUUUCUGACACGUCAGCCAAUGAAAAGUGGCCAUUGUCUACUCACCCAGUGACGAUGGAAGCUCUGGUGCUGGAGCUUCACAGCACAACAGCAUUGUUGCCUUUCGUAAACAACUGACGUAGAUGAAAACUUCUCCAAAAAUGAAAUGGUUUCAUACAGCUCGUUUCGCAAGAUUCACGUCUCCAGAAGCCCAGAGAACUCAAAUAGAUUCAAACCGACACUAUCUGCACCCUUUUUUAAAGCCAGACUGUUCACUGGAGCUGCUUCGCUAAUAGUUGGUGCACAGCCCAUCUGAAAUAGCUGCAUGAGUCGCCAUCUACUUGAGUUGUUUUGGAAAAUGCUGCAAUGUUGUUUUGCUGUGAAGCUCCACAGAUGUUUUCUUGGCUACAAAACAUCACCUGACUUUCCAUCUGUAUUGGGGGGUAGAUAACGACUGAAUCUUGUGCGUCAGUUAAGAUUUUACCGAUAUGCUUGUAAAGUUUCAAAACUUUGGGAAAUUUGUCUUGCCGACAGUGAGAUGAGAAGAUUUUUACUAGUUGCACACUUACACGGAGAAAUGAAGCCAGCAGCAAGGUUUCUUUAGCUGAGCACAAAGUCUUGACACAGGAGGGUUCGAGGUCUGUCCAAGGCCAGCAUGUCUAAAGCUCUCUUACACAACACAUCAUGUCUCCUCUGUUUAAUCUGUAUAAAAAUGCAAUUUUAAAAUGACAAAUUUACAUUUUACUGACAUUUUACAUUGUUCCUUGAGAUUUUUUGAGAUGUUUUUGGUUUUUUUUGUUUUUUUUGUUUUAAAUGGUACAUAACUUUCGAGUUCAAACAGUUAAACUGCACAGCGGCUUUAGCGAGCAGUCAACAUUAUUACUCCUACAUGUGAUUUGUUCUUUAAAAGGCAGCGGAGUUAACGACAGAGAAGCAGCCUUGUUGUUUUACACUGUACUUUUCUGUGUGUUACUGUAUUGAUGCAAAUAUGAGCCGAUUUGUGUGUGUGUGUGUGUGUGUGUAUAUUUAGAAAAUAAAGUGAUAUAUUUUACACUGGGAUUAUAAAUUAAACAACGAAGCAAUCCAGAGCAACCAAUACUUUAUUUUCUUUUUUACAUAAACUGGCCAAAGCAGAAUAAUAAAACUAAAUGUUUCCAUUUAUUUACCAACACUUAAUUUCCUCCUCUGAUCAUUUAUAAAAGUAGAGAUCCAAAAGUAUCUCCUGACAGUGAUAAAUGUAAAAAUAAAAAUCCCAAGAAUCCCAGAAUUCAGGUGUAGACUGUCAGCACGCUGAAGGAAAAAAAAAAAAAAA